GUUCAGCUUCAGUCUCCUUUUGUUGUCUUCCUUUCCUCCGCCGCUUUCUCUCUUGUUUCGCGUCCUGCAAAACGACAAUGGCAUCAUCCGACACUGUGCUCGUCUCGCUUCCCAAUGACUGGAAGCGCAUCUCUGUGCCGUGCGCCUCCAACGCGACUGGUCAAUCGCUCUUCAAGCUCGUCAUGGCUGCUCUUCGUAUCGAAGAACCUGUCUGGUUCUCAAUCGAAGUGCUCACUCGCAAGGGCAAGAAGCACUGGCUGCAGGCAGGCAAGACGCUCGAGGAGCAAGACCUCGAUCUCAAGCGCCACGUCAAGCUGCGCGUCAAGUACUUCCCGCCAACCUCAACCAUCAUCCUGCAAAAGAACUCUGCAGUAACCCGCAACCUGCUCUACCUCGACAUCCAGGAAAACGUCCUCAACGGCAACAUUGCCUGCCCCACCGUCCAGGCGCUCCAGCUCGCCGCAUUCACCAUGCAGGCCGUCUUUGGCGACUUCAACCCCGCAGUGCACGUCGCCGGCUUCCUCGACGAGAACAAGGAGAAGAACCGCGCAAACCUUCUCCCUCGCGUCCUCCCAGACAUUAUCAUGAAAAAGUCCCCCGAGGUCACGUCCGCCGAAUGGCACCGAAAGAUCUUUGAACUCCACCAGCGCCUCGCCGGCUGGUCUGUCGCCAAAGCCGAGGCUGGCUAUGUGACGGUUGCCCAACAACUACCUCAAUACGGUGUCAGCUUCCACGAGAUUUUGGACACUAGCAACGUCAAUCGCAUGAUUGGCAUCUCUCUCAAGGGCAUUCACUUUUACGAAUCGUCCACCGAGCAGCCUGCAGAUGUGUCCUUCUCUUGGUCGGAGUUGGAUUCUACGUAUGUGCAGGGCAGCAAGUUUGCCAUUCAACUCAAGGACACUGUCAUGCCCCUCAUCACUGUGCGCAUGAAGAGCAAGUCCGACGCGACCGAGUUGCUGGACAUGUGCAUUGGCUACCACAUGCGCUUCAACCGCGUGAUGGAGCAGCAACGCAUUGCCAUUGCCCAGCGCUCGGGCAACGCACCCACUCCCACCAAGUCUGGCACGUCCCCCAACCCGGCCACCGCCGCUCCUGCUCCCGCUGCCGCCCCUGCCGCAUCGUCCUCGGCCGCCCCGGCAGCCGACACUGCGCCAAUUGCGUAUGACGAGACUGUCAUCAACCAGGAGGAGAAGGCUGAGGCGCAACUGCAAAAGACUGUCUUGUCCAAGAACGACGGCAAGGGCACGGUCCGCAUCAAGGUCGGCGCCAACUUGUUUGCCGUGUCUGAGAGCCAGGACGAUGCCGAAGAUCUGCCCGCAGGCCUGUCGCAGGCGCGCAAGGCAUUGGAUGAGGAGCCGCCGGCAGGCACCAAGGACCCGUUCAUGAACACGCUCAAGCGUGUCCGCAACGCCGCCAAGGACGCCGAAAACACCUUCCUCAUGUUCGCCAAGAUGAUUGAGCAAAACCCCGAUUCCGUUAGCGACAUUGACAUUGACAAGUUGUUGGGUGGCGCGCGAUAAAAACCCCCAAACCAAACCAAAGCCAACAGGAAGAAGUGUGUGAUGGCCCCCGACUCUUUUUUGUUUUUUUCCAGCCUUGUCAGAUAAUGCGCUUUUGAUGGUGUUGAGUUGUUUGAACGUGUUGUUGCAACUCCAAUCCGACUUCAUCGACUUCUUUGAGCUCUUCAAUCCGUUUUUGCAGUCCGA